AUGGAUCAAUCUAGCAGGGAGACAUCAAAUUCGUUUGAUCAGGUAACCAGGCAAUCUUCAAACAAUGAACGAAGACCUACGGAUUCUAAAGCCAUACCGAGAACUUUACCCAAGGAUACCGUUCCAGACGACGUACAUGCUACACCAAAAGUGGAUGACAAGGAUAGGAUAUGGACAGAUAUAGAUACACUAGAUGAUGUGAAAAGAAUGGCCAGAGAGGGCAAUACUGGCCUUACUUUCCCGGAUAAUUUCGAAGAGGAUAUUACCCGCUUACGCCAGAUGCAUGCGAACUUGAUGCAGCACAUGAAGAGACAAUCAACAGAGACCCCAGGAAAUCUUGAAGAACAACAGAAACACAUCAAUGAUAUCGUAGAUACCAUUGAGAGAUAUAACUGA